AUGAAAGUCUCUCCCCCGUUGCGACACAACCCGCUGCAGGUCAAAGUGCGCCCCAGCCCAGCCUACAGCACAUCUGGUUCCCUCACCCCUCCAUCCCUGUCUGCAGGGCUCGCCGUCGAGGUUCCUGGACUGUCGCGGUUCAAGCAGAGCCUGAAGAGAAAGCCCCCCCUAUUCAGUCUUCAUCCACGAGUCCUGCUCCCGGUGCCGAAGCCUUCUCCCGCCGACCACUCGGUCAACGCCCCAGCUGCCGUCUGCAUCAACACCACAGCUCCCGCAGCCAGUCGCUCAAGAUUCAUAAGAGGGACCCGAACCUGGCUAUCAGCCCUGGUCCACAACCCUUCUACCUUGACAUUUCUACCUCGACACCUUUCAACCAAAACCAUGCUUGAAGUAACGGGCUACCCGCAACAGCAGUAUUUCGGAGGUCCUGCACACCGUGUAUUCCCUCCUUCGCCUCCGGCAGUGCCGUUGUCAUCCUCGACCCCUGAACUUCUCCGCGAAGUGGCCUUCAAUGCGUCCAAUUAUUAUUCCUCCUCGAACCCAGCCACAAAGCAGCAGGCAGAGACUCGCUCGGCAUCUGUAUCUUCUGUGUCGUCGUCGACAUCUCUCACAAGCCCCCCAAGCAUGCAGCAUGGAACCAGUUCCCGGACGAUAUCACCGGUGCCUAGCAUGACAGAUUCAGCAAUCGGGAACGCUCUGGUAGCCGGCACUCACUACCAGCAGUCUCCUCAACCUCAGUCUUACACCCCGCAAGCACACACAACAUUGUCGCUGCCAAGCCCAUCCCAAUAUUUUCAGGCGCACAUGGCUCCUCCUGCGACUCUCUACUCGUCACUUUCUCAGAGACAAUACUCGCAGUCGCAACACUACGGUUACCAAGUCGGCUCGAUUUCCUCCCAUCCUUCGCCACUAUUGAUGCAGAGCUUUCCUGGACUGGACUUCACCCACUUCGCCACCUCGUCUUACCACUCUCCAUCGUCGGCUCUUCACUCGUAUCAAACGUCCCCAUUACUCCAAUACCGGCCAGAAGUACGAGGCCCGUCCCCAUUUCUCAAGGGACUGCAGAGCUUGCCUCCCCAUAUCAUCAGCCGGAUCCACAGGUCAUUCACCUAUCUAGAAUGCUUCCAGGUGUCCAAAGUGUCCCGCUGGUUCAAGGAGAAAUUCGACCCCGCCAACCUCCCAGUCGAAGACAAGAUUGCUGGAGUUCGUUAUGCGGAACAAUACUAUCGCCGUUAUUUCCCCGGCCGGGCUUCCUCUUCCAAUGCGAGUGGAAGCGGCAGGGAGUACGAUGCCAAGCACCCUGGAUCAUUCGGGUGCUACCACUGCUUCCAAAUCAAGGGUCCGGAGUGUUUUGAGCAAUUCAAAUGGAACAACCACCCAGAGGACGACGGAAACAGCGAGACAGGCUCUUCCGCUAGUACGCCGGGGCCCGGUGCCGUCUCGGCUCGCUCGACGCCGCCGAAGUCUUCCGUAUCGGCCUACUCUUCGACAGGUAACCCGCAUUACGACCCGAGCCUUACGAGAAGCAGCGUCACGGCGGCGGCAAACAAUAGUCGCCGGGCGAGCAGAGCAGAACGCACUGGAAGUCCAGCAUCGACUUCCACCGCGGCAGGUGGCAGCAUGCCAUCGACGGACUCUCCGCGAAUCAAAGAGACUUGGGGAAUCCGCCGGUUCUGCAUUGACUGCGGUAUCAGGAAGCAAUACUAUCGCCCUGGCGAUCUGAUUGAGCUUUGCAAGACCAAAGAGGCGGUUUGGGUGUGCCAAUGCUGGAAAAUUCACUGGCGGCCUGCCGAGAUCAAAUGCACUGACUGCGGGUCGUUUAUUCCUCUUUCGACACCAAGUAGGAGAAGAGGGCUUAACUCUCAAACGAUUCAUUGUUUUUUCUUGUCGAUUCCGCCUUUUGCUCUUUAGAAGGAUAUACCUCGCUCGCAUCUGGCUGCAUGUUUUUCCAAUGUCUGGGCUGGCAACUCUGCUUUUUGCGCAUUUAUUGUCACUCACAUACUUUAUACUAGGAGAAAGAUGGGAGGCGGCAGCCUGUUUUUGCAUUUGCGUAUUUUUUUUCCACGUUGAUAGCUACCUACACGGUUUUGUGUCAGAUUUCCUACGUAUUUUUAACACCUCAAACCACCUAUCUCGUUCCGGAUGUAUUGAGACGAACCAAACACCAUGAAGCGUGGUUUGUCACAGACUUUGUUCAGCCG